AUGAACUCUUCAUUUGAAACCUUAAGGUCACUAGUGAGGUUUGGGGUUGGUUCUUAUUUUGAUGCAAUCACUUCAAACAAUAAAAGUGAAACAAUCAGCUCUACCAAGAAAAAAAUCAAUGAACUUGUUUUGUCUUUGAAAAACCUAGAUCAAGCUAUUCAAAUCCCUGAUCUUUCUGUCACUUUACAUCCAGUCCUAAAAGAUGCCAUCGCAAAAGGUGCUAAUCUCCAAAACUAUACAGAUUUCAUAUCUGAUGAGACCCUCAAUGAUUCAACAUUUUUGAACAACAUCCAGACUAUUGUUAAUGAAUGGGUAAGAUCAAUUCAAGCAGUAACGAAAAUGAAUCGAGAAGUAUCAGAGGGUUCAGCGGCUGAUGAGAUCAACUUUUGGACAUCUAUGGAAAACACACUCACGGCCAUUCAAACUCAACUGGAUUCGGAUGGUGUCCAGUUAUCAUUAGAGGUUUUGAAAUAUGCAAAGAGAUAUCAUGCGACAGUCAGUUUUUUCUCAGAUAUUGAGAUCAAAGAAGCUAUGGCUACAGCUGCUGAUUACAACAAAUUAAUGAAAGAUUUCCCGCUUAAUGAAUUAUUAGUUGCUGAAGACUUGGUGAGAGUUGAAGAUGCCAUUGUGUUGAUUUUGAAUCACUUGAAGAGACUAAAACUCACAUCAUAUCCUAUUAGUCGGUCAUUACCUUUUCUUGAAGCUAUUUCCUCUGAUCUUGAAAGAAAACUUAAACCAAUGGUUUACAACCUCAUGUCGUUAGAUUUUGAACAAUUUAUUAUUGAAGUUCAAGAACUCAACUCUAUAUUUGACACAUGGGAUAGACAAGCUAAAGAGUUUACAAACGUUGCCAGAGAACUUCUAAGGAAAAGAGGUGAAAAGUUUUUAUUUGUUAGAAUCAAUUCAAAAACUAUACAUAUGAAGGAGCGCAUUCAAGAAGCAUUGUCAUUCAGAUCAAGUCACAACGAGCUAGUUGAUACACUCUCAAGAGUCAGAAUGGAUCAAAAAGAAUUAGAUUAUGCAUAUAACGCCAUUAGAGAUGUCGAUGUUUUCAGUGGCGACGUUGAAUGGUCCAACGCUAAAAAGUCCUAUAACAGAAGAAUUCAUGAUAUUGAAAACCAAAUUGUUGAAGGUAUGAGGUCCACGUUAGACAAAUCCAGAAAUUCCAAUGAGAUGUUUCAGGUUUUUGAAAAUUAUAGAUUUUUACUUGAACGCCCAAGAAUCAGAGCUGCUACACAAGAAUACCAAUCUCAACUUUUAACGAUAGUUAAGGGGGAAAUAUCUGAAUUACAAGAAAGUUUUACAAAGAAAUCGGACGAAUCUUCACUGGCUGCCCUUUAUGAUUAUCCCUCAAUUGCAUUCACGUUGCUUUGGGCUAAACAAGUUGAAGCGAAGCUAGCAUUCUUGAUGGAUAGACUUGAAUUAGUCUUAGGCAAAGACUGGAACUUAUUUGCAGAAGGUCAAAAAAUUUAUGCUGAAGUCACUGUUUUUAAGAAAAAGUUGAAUACCAAACCAAUUUUUGAUGACUGGUUAAGUUUUGCAAGUGAGAGAAAGAUUGAUGGUAAUAUUUUGAAGCUAUCCAAAGACAAAGAAAUUAGAUUAGAAGUCAAUUUUGAUGAAAACCUUAUGCAGCUGUUCAAAGAAGUACGUGCUUUGAGUUAUCAAGGAUUUCAAAUCCCCCAUAAUGUGGUAUUAUCAUCUAGGCAAGUGAGAAAAGUCUAUCCACAUGCUGUCAUUUUGACUGAAUCCAUUGCUGAUUUCCCUGCACUUUUACAAUCCAUUGAAUCGCUUCAAGAAUUUAAAGUUUUGCUUGUGUCUGAAAGAAAUAAAAUAUAUCAUCUUAUUGAACAAUGCUUAUCAAUAAAAUGGGAAACAAUCACCAAAGCUCAUGACUUAAAACAUAUAGAGAUCCAGACCACUGAACAUCAACAAGAGCAACUGAUAUCUCAGUUAGAGAACUCAAUUUCUGAUCUCCAACGAAAGCUUGAAGUUGCUGCUAAAUACAAAUUUCAGAUGAAUGAAGACUUCCAGCUGUUACAAACAUGUCAAUACGAUUAUGAUAACUUCAAAGAUAUAAUUUCUGAUGUCCAAAAACUUAUUGAUCAACUCAAUUUUGAAGGGUUUACAAAUGUUGAUAUAUUUGUGUCAAACUUGAACACCAAACUAAGGAAAGCACUUGUUGAUCGUUGUCUUGAAGAAGACUUAACUCCGGAAAAGUCCGUCCAUCAGAUUGUUUUAGGCUCAAGGGUUUCAAUAUCACCAGCAUUAGAACGUUCAAAAGUCAACUGGCUAAGUGUGUUUCAAAAUAAAAUUGAAACAAUCAGAAACCAAUCCAAGAUUUUCGAUCGUGUAUUACAAAAUGAAGACACUAAUACCUCUUUGAUGAAUGAUGAGUCUUUGGAACAACUACAUUUCCAUUCAAGUAAAUUCAUCAAACUGAUUGAUGAAUAUUAUGAUGAUGCUUACGCUUUUUUGAAGGUUUGGUCCCAAUUUGAAGCUUUGUGGAACUUUCAAUCAGAUGAAAUCUAUAAAGAUCUAGACCUUGACGGAUGGCUUGAAGUACUCGAUGAAGUUAAAAAAUCAAGAAAUACUUUUGACACCAAUGAAACCGUUAAAGUUUGUGGCUCCUUCAUCAUUGAUUAUAAUGAUGCAAGAGAGAAAGUACGUUCUAGAUUUCUGUCUUGGAACAGGGACUUACUAGGAAAAUUUUCAUUAUCUUUGUCUGGAAUCAUCAAAGUCACACAUGACUCCAUUAUCAAGGGAAAGAAAUUUUUGGAAAAUACAACUCUGAACUUGUCGUCGGUUAAAGAAACCAUUGAAGUUGUUACAAAAGUUCAGGAGUUUAAGGAUCUUUUGAAAAUGGUUGAUUGCCAGAUCUCGAAACUCAAGUUAGGACAAAGCACUUUGACAAGACAGAGGUUCAAGUUUCCUUCAGAUUUUGUUUAUUGCGAACAGAUUGAAAAUGAUUACGAAGCGCUAUCAGAAUUGGUUUCCAAAAGAGCUGCUGCUAUUGACUCCCAAAUGGACGUUAUAAUGAAGAGUAUUGAAUCAGAAGCACAGCGCUUAGAAAGUUCAAUUUUACAAGUCCAACAAGAUUGGGCUCAGUCAAAACCUACAUCCUCAUCAAACUCUCCAACAAAAUCACUAGAAGUACUAGCACAAUUUGAGAAAAGCUUCACUAACUUGAGUGAACGAAAAUUGUUAGUGACCAGAGCUGCCUUUCUUCUCUCAUUACCAGUCAAAAUACCUGUUGAUAUUUCAUCAAACCUAGAAGAAUUGAGAGAUUUAAAAUCAGUUUGGAUUUCUAUUCAAGGAUUAUGGACAACAUUAGAUGACUUGAAGGCUAUGACAUGGUAUGAUGUGAAACCUAGACAAUUACGUAAAGAGCUUGAACAGCUUUUGGUCAAUACUAGGUCCAUGCCUGUAAGAGUUCGUCAACACGAGCCCUUUCAAAUAUUUUUGAAGAAUGUCACAGACUUAUCCAACUCUCAGAAGUCCAUCAUUUCAUUGAAAGAGGAUCAUGUCAAGGAGAGACAUUUGAAAUCAUUAUUCAAAAAAUUGAACAAAACUUACAAAAGUACGUUGACAAUUGGAGAUAUUUGGUCUUUAAAUUUGGUACUCAACGAAGGUGCUGUCAAGGAAACAAUGGAGCAGGCAGGUGCUGAGAAAGUUUUAGAAGAUGUCUUGGAAGGAAUUCGUGACUAUUGGGAACAAGCGUCGUUUGAGACCUUCAAUUUUCACGGUCAAAACUUGGUGAAGAAUAUGGCAGCUCUACUUGAACAAUCUUUCAAUGAUUCUCAAAGUCUCGAGUCUAUGAGAAACUCCCCAUAUUUCAGAGUUUUUGAAGAUGAGGCUGUCCAAUGGGAGUCCAAGUUAAACAACGUACACCAAAUUGUUGAUCUAUGGGUGGAAGUUCAGAGACAGUGGAUAGACCUUGAUGGUGUAUUUGACUCCAAGUCUGGUAUUAGAAAGUUACUUCAAAGUGAAGCUUCCAGAUUCCAGAUGGUUUCAAAUGAAUUUAUCUCAGUGCUGAAAAGGGUGUUCAAGCACAAUUUUGUAAUAGAGAUUUUGGGAAUUCCAGACCUUCAGGGUAUAAUGCAAAGGAUUUCGGAAUCUUUGUCAAGGAUUGCCAAAGCAUUAGGUGAAUUUUUGGAAAAGCAGAGAGAUUUGUUCCCAAGAUUCUAUUUUGUCGGUAAUGAAGACCUUUUGGAGAUCAUUGGUAAUAUGGGUGAUUUCAGUAAAAUAUCAAAGCACUUGAAAAAAAUGUUUGCCGGUGUCAAUGAUUUGAAAGUUGAAAAUGAUUCCAUAACACAUGUGUCAUCACCAGAGGGAGAGGUUUUGAAGUUGGUUGAUGCAAUUUCGUUAUUGAAAUAUUCACGAGUUGAUGAAUGGUUGACCCAACUUGAUUACGAAAUUAAACACACAUUGUCCGUCAUGGUUGCUGAUUCUCUAGAAGGCUUCACAGAUAAUAAAUUUGAAGCUUGGAUUGGUACAUAUCCAGCUCAGGUUACACUUCUUACCCUACAGAUAAGUUGGACUAAACUGAUUGAAGAGUCGAUCACUACAAAGAACUUUGAUGGAAUCUUACAAGAUCUAGAGUCUUAUUUAGAUAUCCUUUCUGGAAUAGGUAAAGGGAAAAACAAAGCUGUUGAAUCGUUUAUCAUUGAAAUUCUUCACCAGAAAAAUACAACUGAACAUCUCAAAGCUCAAAAUAUAGAUAAUAUUCAUGAUUUCAGGUGGGUUUCUCAGCAAAGAUUUUACUAUGCUUUUGAAGAAAGUGAUUACCUUAAAAGAUUAGAGGUCAGACAAGCUACAAAAUCAUUUGUUUACGGAUUUGAAUACUUUGGUGUUAUGGAAAGACUCGUUUCCACACCACUUUUACAAAAAGGCUUUUUAGCAAUGACUGGAGCGUUGGAUCAAGGAUUGGGUGGUUCACCAUUUGGGCCUGCUGGUACAGGUAAAACAGAAACUAUCAAAUCACUUGGUCAAAACCUUGGUAAAAUGGUUCUAGUGUUCAAUUGUGAUGAAUCUUUUGAUUUCCAAGCAAUGGGUAGAUUACUACUGGGUAUUUGUCAGGUUGGUGUUUGGGGUUGUUUUGAUGAAUUCAACAGGUUGAAUAAAAACAUUUUGAGUGCGGUUUCAUCUCAAAUUGAGCAAAUAGAGAUGGGUUUAAAAUCUAAAAGUUGUGACAUCGAACUUUUGAGUAGAAAGACACCACUCAAAGACGGUACUGGUAUAUUCAUCACAAUGAAUCCAAGUUAUUCUGGAAGAGCCAAUCUCCCAGACAAUUUGAAGAAGCUUUUCAGAAGUUUUUCCAUGAAGUCGCCUGAUAGCGAAAUUAUUGGCGAGGUGCUUUUAAGCUCAUGGGGCUUUAAGUCAUCAAAAGCCCUUUCAGAGAAAGUUGUUCGGUUUUUUGAACUUUUAUCAUCAAGAAGCUCAAAUCAACCACAUUAUGACUUUGGACUCAGAGCUUUCAAAGUGGUGCUUUCAAAUGCCGGCAAAAAACUUCUGGCCUUAAGCGAGUCUGAUGAUUCUGAACUUCUGGCUAUUGUGAGGAGUAUCAACGAGACUAUUAGUCCAAGACUUCUUGAUCAAGAUACCAAAAUUUUUGAAGAUGUGAGAAAUGAAGUUUUUGGUCCUAUAGUGGAUAAAAUUGAAGAGAUAGAACUAGUGUCAAUUAUCAAGGAAUAUAUUAAAGGAAAGGGGCUUAUUUGUUCAGAUAAAUGGAUUAUGAAGUUGAUUCAGUUUUAUAAUAUUCAAGAAAGCCAACAAGGUGUCAUCGUCGUUGGUAAGGCCGGAAGAGGAAAAUCAACUUUAUGGUCCUCCUUACUUGAAGUUUUGUCAAAAGUUGAUGGUAAAGAUGCUUUACACUACAUCAUUGAUCCUAAAGUGUUAUCUAAGAAUGAGCUAUUUGGGUUUCUUGAUCCAGUUACCAGGGACUGGAGCGAUGGUUUAUUGACAUCCAUUAUUAGAAAAGUUCUAGAAAAUCUAAGGGGUGAACUUACAAAAAGAGUUUGGGUUGUUUUUGAUGGUGAUAUUGAUCCUAUUUGGGUAGAGAGUUUGAACAGUGUUUUGGACGACAACAAAACUUUGACACUUCCAAAUGGUGAACGACUUCAAAUUCCCCAAAACAUCAGAUUUAUCUUUGAAGUGGAUGGAUUAGACUUUGCUACACCUGCAACUGUCAGUAGAUGUGGUAUGGUUUGGGUUGAAGAAGCUACGAUAACUUUGAAUGAUGUGUUAGGUCAUGAAUUAUGGUGCUUAAAUAAUGUCCCAAUAAGUGAUAUAGAAGAGGUGGAUCCUUCUAAGCUUUUGAUCUUACAACAGCAAGUGAGCUCUGUUUUGAAAACUGUCCUUGAUGGCCACAUGGAUGAGAUAUCAACUUUUGCCGUGAAUAAUUUAGAUCACGUGAUGGAUGUUGAUGUUAUGACAAUGGUGAAGCAGAUAUUUGUUUUUAUCAAGUGCUAUAUGAGGAAGGUAAUCAGUGGCCAGUUUGAGCAAGGCGGUUCUGGACUAGAUAUAGAUGAACGAUAUGUCAAGAAAGCUUUAAUUUUGUCAAUAUUGUGGUCGUUUAGUGGUAGUGCUCCUCUAGUUGAAAGACAAAAAUUUUCAAGCUAUGUCUCUUCUUUUUUUGAGUUCAAGGACUUAGUUCCCAAUGAAGAUGAUUUGGAUGUGCUUGAUUAUGAGAUCGAUAAUCAAGGUAAUUGGAUUAACCUGGAGCAUUUGUUGGAAGUUCCAAAUCUUGGUCCCGAAUCUGUUAUUGAUCCAAAUACUGUCAUACAAACUAUUGACACAUUGAGACAUGAAAAUUUAAUCUUUGCACUACUUCAAGAAAAGAGGUCGUUGAUAUUAUGUGGUCCUCCAGGUUCUGGUAAAACGAUGACUUUAUAUGCUGCUCUCUCCAGGUCACCAGAUAUUGAUGUCUCCAAUUUAAAUUUUUCAAAAGAGACAUCCCCAACAAUCCUACUUAAAGCAAUGGAGCAGCUCUGUGAGUACAAGAAGACUGUCGAUGGCCUAAUAAUGCGUCCAAAGGUUACAGGAAAACGUGUUGUUUUCUUUUGUGAUGAAAUUAAUUUGCCCAGAUCAGACAAAUUUGGUACACAACAUGUUAUCUCAUUUAUGCGUCAAAUGAUAGAAAGGAAUGGUUUUUGGAGGCCAUUUGAUAAACAAUGGGUUAACUUGGUAAAUGUUCAAUUUGUUGGAGCAUGUAACCCACCCUCUGAUGCUGGAAGAAUCAAGUUGUCUCCAAGGUUUUUGUCACAUUUAACGUUAAUAAUGGUCGAUUACCCUGGUUCAUCAUCACUUCAACACAUUUAUAACACUUUUGUUCGUGCUACUUUGAAGAAGGUCCCCCAUUUGAGUGGUUAUGCAAAGGACAUCACCAAUGCAAUGCUCGAUGUUUAUUCAAGAUCAAUUUCUAAAUUUACUCACAAUACUCAAGCUCAUUACAUUUACAGUCCUCGUGAGCUCACUCGUUGGGUUCGGGGUAUGCUUUAUUCAAUUCAACCUCUAUCCAGUCUUGAUAUAAGUGAUAUUAUAAGAGUAUGGGCCCAUGAGGCAACAAGAUUAUUCUGUGAUCGGUUGGUAUUGGAAGAUGAGCGUACUUGGACCUUAGACCUUAUUGACACCGUUGCGAUUGACAGAUUCCCAAAUAUAAAUCGUGAGAAAGCACUCCAAAAACCCAUCUUUUUUAGUAACUGGCUUUCGCUAUAUUAUGAACCUGCUGACAAAAAGGAGCUCAAGUCAUUCAUCGUGGAGAGAUUGAAAGUGUUUUCGGACGAGGUUCUAGACAUUGAUUUUGUUCUUUAUGACGAUGCUAUUGAUCAUAUCCUUAGAAUAGAUCGUGUUUUGAAACAACCACAGGGUCAUUUAAUAUUAGUCGGUCCAAGUGGCACUGGUAAAACAACAUUAACCAAGUUUGUUGCAUGGAUUAAUGGUUUGAAAAUUGUCCAAUUGGGUGUUACACGUAAUUAUUCACUUGGAGAGUUUGAUGGUGUUUUGAAAGAUUUGUUGAAACGGUCAGGUGUUCAAGGUGAAUCGAUUUGUUUUAUUGUUGACGAAUCAACCAUCUUAGAUGGUGCCUUUUUGGAAAGAAUGAAUUCACUACUCGCAAAUUCACAAAUCCAGGAAAUUUUUGAUCAGGAUGAGUACAACAUUCUCUUGAACUUGUGUAAGGAGCAGGUUCAGUCGCGUGGUUUGCUCUUAGAUACAGCUGAUGAACUUUUUGGCUGGUUCACGCAGCAGGUUGCAAAUAACCUCCACAUCGUGUUCACUAUCAAUGAUCCAAAUGACGCCAAAUCGCCUCAAAUUAUAAGCUCACCUGCUUUAUUCAAUAGAUGUGUUCUCAAUUGGAUGGGUGAUUGGUCCUCGGAAUCCUUAAUUCAAAUAAGCCAAAAACUUUUGGGAUCAGUUCCAAUUGAUAAAUCUGAAUUUGAGAUUCCUGUUAUUCCAUCAAAUGAGCUAUUUUUCAACAUGAGGUCGUUCAGGGAUGUCAUUGGCCACUGUAUUGUCACAUUACACGCCAAAGAGAACUUUGAGAAGAGAUCAGGCUCCUUGAUUGACUUUAUUAAUAGCUUUGUGUCAGUUUUUGGUAUGAAAGAAAGGGAACUUCAAAGUGGUCAAAGACAUUUGAAUUCGGGUCUUGACAAGCUAAAGGAAACUGUGAUCAAGGUGAAAUACUUGAAGGAAGAAUUAACCACCAAGGAGCAAAAUUUGACAAUGAAGGAAAAAGAAGCUCGUGAGAUGUUGAACAAGAUUCUAGAGGAGCAAAAUGAAGCUGAAAGAAAGCAGGAAGCAUCAAUACAUCUUCAAGGUGCCUUAGAACGACAAAAUGUUAAGAUUGAGGAUCACAGAAAACGUGUUUUGGAAGAUCUAGCAUUAGCUGAACCUGCUGUUUUAGAAGCUCAAAGAGGUGUUAAAAAUAUCAAAAAACAACACUUGACUGAAUUAAGAUCCAUGUCAACGCCUCCAGCUACUGUUCAAAUGACAUUAGAAUCUGUCUGUAUUCUAUUGGGCUAUGAUGUUUCAAGCUGGAGAGAUGUGCAACUGAUAAUCCGUAAAGAUGACUUCAUUUUCAACAUUGUCAAUUUUGACUGUGAAAGGCAGGUUACUCUUGAGCUUCGUGAGUACAUGGAAGAAACCUAUUUAAGCAGACCAGAUUACAACUUCAACUCUGCUGAUCGUGCUAGUAAAGCUUGUGGUCCACUUUUACAAUGGGUCCAGGCGCAGGUUCGUUAUUCAAUUGUGCUUGAUCAGGUUGGUCCUCUACGUGAAGACAUGUUGGUGUUGGAGGAAGAGUCUAGACAGAACCAGGCAAGAUUACUGGCUAUUGAUGAUAUGAUCACUGAACUUCAAGAAAGUAUCGAAAACUAUAAAAAUGGGUAUAGUGAACUGAUUAGGGACACGGAAAAAAUCAAAUCUGAAAUUUCUGAGGUACAAGUAAAAGUUCAACGUUCAAUGAAAUUGGUUGAGAGUUUAAGUGAAGAACGAAUCAGAUGGGCUGAUAGCGUGAAGGGCUAUAACGACAAUUACUCUUGUUUACCAGGUGAUUCUUUGUUGGUAUCGGCCUUCCUUACCUAUUCGUCAUCUGUUGAUCAUCAAGAAAGAGUUGAAAAGUUCAAUUCAUGGAAACAAUUGCUAUCAAAGCACUCCAUAUCUUUCAAUGCAAAUCUCUCUUUCUUGGAUUUCACUGGGUCAUCUGCCAGAUCGUUGGAUUGGCAGCACAAGGGACUUACAAAUGACGUCCUUUACUAUGAAAAUGUUGCAAUUAUUGAGAAAACUUCAAAACUUCCAUUUAUUGUGGAUCCAUUGGGUCAAAUUGUUGAAUUCAUGAAGGUGCAUUUACAGCCCAAGAAAUUAGUGGUUACAAGUUUUCUUGAUGAUUCCUUUGUCAAAAGUUUAGAGAAUACAAUGAGAUUUGGAGGUGCAAUUCUGAUUCAAGAUGCUGAAUAUUUUGAUCCAAUAAUUUCUAGAUUAUUGAAUAAAGAUUUUGAAAAAGUUGGGGGUCGAAGACUUAUUAGACUAGGAAAUAGAAAUGUUGAUUGCUCUCCUGACUUUAAAUUAUAUUUGCAUACAAGAAAUCCAUCCAUUCAUAUCACACCAUUUGUUAGAUCUAGAACCACUGUGAUUGAUUUUACCUUAACGGAAAGCAGUAUAGAAACACAGGUAUUGAACAUGACUCUAUCUCACGAAAGACCGGAUGUUGAGCAGCAAAGGUUAGAUCUCGUCAAGCUUAACGGUGAAUAUAAGGACCGUUUGAAAUCUCUAGAGGGUGAUUUGUUGAGUGUAUUGAGUGAGUCUAAAGGUAAUCUCUUGGAUAGUGAAGAGUUAGUUGAAACAUUAGAAAGGUUGAAGGUUGAAUCGGGUGAAAUUAAGCAAAAAGUUGAGGAAACUACAGAUGUUAUGAGUAAAGUUGAUGAUAUUUUGGAAACUUACUCGCCAUUGGCUAAAAACUCAUCGCUUAUGUUUUCUUUACUCAAAAAGUUAAAAGAUAUUCAUGCCUUCUAUGAAUUUCCACUAUCUGCAUUUAUGUCAAUUUUCACAGAAACUCUCACAUCUUCCAAGGAAUCUAACGGUGAUCGUGUUGAGACAUUGAUAGUUGAUCUUUAUAAAGAGAUAUUUGCUAACAUAUCUCUUUCUUUGUUGCAACGUGAUAAGGUUUUAAUAGCUUUUGUGAUGGGUUUGUUGUAUUUGAAAGAAAAAGAAAGCUUUGCAUUUAUGAAGUUUGUUGUUUCUUUGCUAAAGUCGGUAGUUUUGGAAGAUGGUGUAUUGUCUCAAAGAACCAAACCAUCAGAUAUAAGAGAUGGAUUCAAGUCAAUUUCACAGUUUUUAUUCACUGGUUUUGGUCAGUAUACAUCGAAAUAUGAUUUGAGGGAUGUUAUUCUUAAAAAUAAGCGUUCACCAAUAAUUUUGGCCUCCACUAGUGGAUUUGAUCCAACAUACAAGGUUAGAAACAUUUCAAGAGAGUUAAAUCAUGAAAUCAAAAUUGUUGCUAUGGGUUCCACAGAAGCCAAUAAGAUCGCACAUGUUCAAAUGGAGGAAGCUGCGAAAAAGGGUGGUUGGUUAAUCUUGCAAAAUGUCCAAACAUCUUCUGAAUGGCUUGAGCUUUUACAAAAGAAGUUAGAUGGUGUUUCCUUGAAUGAGGAUUUCAGAUUAUUCUUGACGUGUGAGGUCACUUCUGAUAUUCCUACAACAUUAUUAAGAUCAUCAGAUGUUUUGGUUUUCCAAAAUGCGCCUGGUUUGAAACCUUUGAUGGUGGAAUAUCAAAAAUCAUUUGGCACCAAAUGGGAAAGUGGCAAACCGGUUGAAAAGAGACACAUUUACUUUUUACUUUGUUGGUUCCAUUCGAUAUUACAAGAAAGGGUCAGAUAUGUUCCAAUUGGAUUUUCCAAGAAUUAUGAUUUCAAUGACUCAGAUUUCGAUACUGCUGUUUUUGCUAUUGAUAGGUGGUUUGACAAAAUUAGUGGAGGAAGAGACAACAUUUCACCUGAAGAUAUCCAAUGGUGUGCUUUGCAAACACUUGUCGGUGACAUUGUUUAUGGUGGAAAAGUUGAUGAUGAUUCUGAUUCAAACAUUUUGCAUGAAUUGAGUGAUAGAAUCUUCAGACUUGAAUCAUUUGAGCAUGAUUUCAAUUUAAUCAAUAAUGAAGUCUCACAAAGGUUAAAUAUUUCGUUGAAUCCACCUGAAGGAAGAUCUGUUGAUGACUAUAUCUCAUGGAUUUAUGCGCUUCCAGAUGUUGAGCCACCAUCUUGGAUUGGAUUGGAAGAUGACGCGGAUUUAUUGAUGAAGAGGAAAGAAGCAUUCGAAAUUUGUCAAAAUGCAGCUGCUAUUUUAGAAGAUUUAGUCGUGAUUGAGUGA